CGAGCAGACGACGUUCUUGAUCGCACACGCCUCCCUCCGCUUCCGCUUCCGAUCCGCUCCUCCGAUCCGACUUGCAUGGCCGGCCGUCUCUCUCCAUCUCGAUCGAUCCACUGCUCACUCCCUCUGAAUUCGUUCGUCCAUCUAUCAUUCAUUAAUACUGCUCGUCGCUGGCCGGCUGCUGCUAGCCGGUCGAUCGAUCCGGCCACCAUGGGCAAGGCCGCCAGCACGGUGUCGUCGCUGCUGUGCUGCCCCUGCCGGUGCCUCUUCUGCGGCGUGCUGAGCUGCCUCUUCAGCGUCGCCACCUGCGUCGUCUUCACCGCCGGCCUCGUCGCCCUCAUCCUCUACCUCCUCUUCCGCCCCCACAUCAUCCGCGCCACCGCCGUCUCCGCCGACCUCUCCGCCUUCACGCUCACCCCGCAGACGUGGAUCCUCCGCUACAACCUCUCCCUCGCCGUCCAGCUCCACAACCCCAACAGGCGCAUCGCCCUCCACUACCUCGACGUCGCCGCGCGCGCCUACUACCAGGGCCAGCCGCUCGCUGACGCCCGCCUGCCCGACCUCUUCCAGGGCACCGGGGCCACCAGCCCGCUCAGCCCCGAGUUCGCCGGCGAGGCCCCGCUCGUCGGCGGCGUCGCGGCUGCCGGGUUCCGGAGGGAGGCCGCCGAGGGCGCCACCUUCUCCAUCGCCGUCAAGAUCAGCGCCCACAUCAAGCUCAGCCUCUGGGUCAUCACCGUGCCGGGGCCCAAGACCCAGAUCGACUGCCCGCUCAGGAUCCACAGACGGAACGCCACUGAGAUCGAUGGCGGCGCCGCCGGCCCGUCGCCCGAGUUCCAUCCCACAGAAUGCAGGGUCUGGUUCUGAUGAUCAACUACUUCUGAUGGCUCGAUCGCUCGCUCGUUCGCUCUUAGUUUAUUUGAUGUUAAUUAUCUGCAGAUCAGAUCGACCCAUGCAUGCAUGCAUUAAUUCCAUAGAUCAUAUAUAUGUCGUCAUGAACAAAUUAACUAACAGAUCCACAAAGCUAAGAGAGAGAUUAGUAGCUAGCUAGCUAGUUGCAGCAAUUACAUAUAUUGGAUGAUGUAUUUUAGUAUAUCUAGUAGUGUUAAUUGCAUCUCUAUACUGUAGUAGGUGCCUUAAUUUGAUUCACAUAUAUAUGGCUUCCCGUGUAAAUUCCGUUAAAUUUGAAAUGAUGUCGAUGUUCCACAUAGGCAUUAUAUA